UUGGAACUAAACGUGUGUAGCUGUAAGCUCGAGGGUAUUCGUGUAUACUGCUGAAACCCGAUCAGCCACAACAGCUCACACCCUCGAAUUUUCAGAUCGGUCGGCUGAAGCAGUUUAGUGCGGAUAGAUAGGAAAGACUGAUUUGAUCUGAACUAUAAUGGAAUUGAAAAUGUUAAGCGCAUUGGGAUCUUUUGUAAUCAUUUUAGCGUGUGUUCAUGCUCAGGUAACUAGACCCACAACAACGUCUUCAAGUAAAUCGUCAUUCAAAGUAACGACAAUAUUGCAUCCUCCUUACUUAGAAGAGAGACCCAGGUACUACCCAUCAAUGCAGGGUAACCAGAUGUAUAGGGGGUUCAUAAAGGACCUUUUGGACAGACUGGCGGAGAAGGGAGACUUUGACUACACGUUAAAUACAGUGGAGGAUGGGCAAUAUGGGUCUAGUGACAAUGGAACAUGGAAAGGGAUGAUUGGAGAACUUCAGCGUAAGGAGGCAGAUAUCGCAGCAGCCGGUUUAACAGUCACCCCUGAGCGUCUUGCUGUCGUUGAUUUCACACGGCCAAUAAUGACAACAGGUCCUACCAUCCUACUGAAGAAGGAGCAGGGCUACAAGUAUAAUAUCUACGCCAAACGUGUUUUCCGUCUCCUACUGCCGUUCACUUACGGAACCUGGCUGUUGAUCGUCCUCUCCUUCGUCUUAACGGGCCUGGUGCUCUAUGGAGUUGGAAGACUGAGCCCAUAUGAGUGGAAGGGGCGAUCUUUGGAUGAGGGGUUCGGCGAGGAAUGCAAGAAGUACUUUAACGCAAGGAAUAGCUUCUGGUUCGCAUUGAGCACAUUAACAUGGCAAGGUUACUCAAAGGCACCGAGAGCCAUAUCAGGUCGGAUUGUGGCGGGGACAUGGUGGGCGUUUACCUUAUUUAUCCUUAUUGGCUACACCGCUAGUUUAACAAGGCAGUUCAUUGUACCACUCCCUGGACACACCGACCCUCCAAUUCACUCCGUCGAAGAUUUGGCAUCUCAGAGUGAUAUCAAAUAUGGAACAAUCGAAUACGGGUCGACCUCUGCAUUCUUCAGGGAUUCACCAAUUAAUUUAUUCCAAAAGAUGUGGGAAACCAUGAAUUUAGACCCUUCUGUAUUCGUUAAUACUACCAAAGAAGGGAUCGAGAAGGUGAAAGCAUCUGAUGGGAGCUAUGCGUUUAUAGUGGACGCGAGCAUUGCUGAAUACGAGAGUGGUGUAGACGAAGAAUGUGAACUAAUUACUAUCGGCGAGGCUUUAUCUCAAACGAACCAAGCUUUGGCUGUGCAGAAAGGAUCUCCAUUGCUCGACAUUUUGAAUUCCGCCAUUUUGGAAAUGCAGCAUAACGGGGAAUUACUACGUUUGCAGACGAAAUGGUGGGAUUGGUCUGGAACGUGUGAAGCAAGAAAGCCGACAGCUCGUGGUUCAACGGGUGGUUCACGUGGAAAACCCGCGAUAAAUGUUGAAGUAAUAGAUCUCGCAUUUGCCUUCAUUGUGCUGGCAGUUGGGUUGGUAGCCGGUCUUUUAUGCUGUGUUGGGGAGAUUCUUUUCUCAAAGAGACAUGGCAAGAGACAGUCGUAUACACCCAGAAACGCAGUCGUUGAAGAGGAUGCAUCAUAAUGCGAUGAUGACAUAUUUUGAAAUGUCGGGUUUCAAAAUCACCUGGUGGAGCCCAGGAGCAUUUUGGCGUUUAUAGAAAUUGCAUCAUGAAUGGUAACAAUUGUAGGCUUUUUAAUGCAAUACCAACUGCAAAUUCUAAAGUUGGUUCGUUUAUCACAGGACAUUGUGUUACUGUUAUUGCAGUUAGUGAUAGAACGACGCACCUAGCUGUUUGACUGCUAUUGCCAUCUAUCAAUGAAGCAUUGUUUGAAUUCGUACUGCUCAGCUGCUAUUUAAACGAGCAUUAUUUUUCUAAUUAGAAAGUUAUAGAUUGUUCAAUACUUAGUUUAGUCCAGUUAACGAGUUUUUCAUCAUCGUUUUAGGGUAGUCUUUUUAUAGCAUUUUUUUUAUCAUACUAUAAGGGUGGUCAUAAAUAAACCAAAAUUACUGAAUGAUUUUAAUUCGUAAACCUCAGUCGACACAUUUGCAAUACGGCGAUCGUCCGUCGACAGUGUUCCCUGAAUAGGUAAAUUCCAAUGGCAACCGUAGAAAACAGUUUCCGUGCGACGCAUCCAAUUCAUCACAGGCCAUAUGGCCACAGGCCACAGGUCUCAGUAGAAAUGAUAACUCGGAGUUAUAACUUUUUUCAUUUCUACGGCCAUCGUAGAAACAACAAGCCGUACCCAUACCGUUCAACGAUGGCCGUGCGUUGGGCGCACGGCCGAGUUGCGAUUUUUCUAGGAUUUUAUGAGUUACAAUUGACCUUUGCAAACCUUAGGGUGUCCAUACGGUGACCUUGCGUCAUCAUUUAAAAGGCCGUACGGCAACCGUAGUUUUUCUGUCUCUACAAAACAUCAAAAUAGGUCGCAUGGAUUUUGUAGCAAAUGUGAAUUCCCACGACAGCCGUAGAAUAGCUAUUGGCCGUAGAAAUGGUAUACCGUAUGGUCGCCGUUGCAAAGGUGACUGAGGUUUAGUGGUACGUGUAUGUAACUUGCAGCAUCAAAAGAUUCCUUUUGAAAAUAUCAACACCCGGAAAUAACUUAUCUACAGUGAGACCAGAAAAAAGUGGACAGUUAAAAUAAGAGCUAUCAUGGCGAGGAAAUGUGUCAGAGUGAUCAAUGAUUUUAAGCGCAGAAUCUAAGUUUGUUUCUAGUGCCAGGGAGCACAUACGGGGCAUGUCCUGAAAUAGACAUCAAAUACAAAAUGGAAGAAGAUUGACAUUUCACACUUUGACAUAAUGGCAUACAUUGACAAAUGUACAUUUGUGCCUAAAAAUGAACCUGAUCAUGGCAUUUAUGUUGAAGUUCCACUUUUUCUGAUCACCUUGUAGUAAUAACGAGUUAAAUUAGAAUUUUACUACUCUCACCAUACCAGUGAUGAUUCAAUUUCGAAGGGCAAUAUAAUUUCACUUUCUAGUUCUACACAGCAUAUUUUUUCAAUCUUCGAAAAUAACAGAGAAAUAAGGCUUAUAUGAAUGUCUUUUGAUUAUGUAAGUUGCAUAUCAUUAUGAAUUAGGGGUAUUUUAGGAUGGUAAUCAGACAACUCAUCCACUGGACAACUCAUCUCCUGUACAACUCAUCCACUGGAUAAUUCAUCCACUGGAUAAUUCAUCCACUGGAUAAUUCAUCCUUGUUCAUAGCUCAAAUACUCUUUAAUCCAAAGAUUAUUUUUCACAGCAUACACAGAUGAAAUUACUUAACAUGUUUCCAAGUUGUUUUUUUGUCAUGAAAUAUUGAGUCAUAUUGAGUCAUGUAAUAUAAGGACAAGAGAACAGAAUUUUUCUGGCACCGUUUGACUGCAAUAUCAAAAAAGUUCUUUCAUAAUUAUGUGUCAAUAAAGUGAAAAUAAUAUUUUGAAUGGUCCAAGGUGUAUUCAUUGAAUUAAAAUAUCUCUUUUCCAGAAACACAUUACAAUUUAGAUUCGUGUGAUAAAGGAUGCGUUUUCCAGGAAUGAGCUGACUAGGGGAUCAGGUAUCUAGGGUAUGAGAUGUCCAGGGGAUGAGU